GGGAACUGCCGAUUCGCUGGCGCAGCACUCACGCAAAAGAAGACGUCGUACGGCCUGUCGACGAGAAGGUAAAAUAACCCCCGGCACAGUCAAGAACCAUGGCCGACGCCCCGGUAACCAUUCGCACACGCAAAUUCAUCACUAACCGACUUCUCGCCCGCCGUCAAUUCGUUGUCGAUGUUCUCCACCCAUCACGACCAAACGUUUCCAAGGCCGAGCUUUCAGAGAAGCUCGCCGCUAUUUACAAGGCCGAUAAGGCACGCGUAGUUCCUUUCGGCUUCAAGACCGUCUUUGGUGGAGGACGGAGCACAGGAUUUGCACUUAUUUACGAUGACGAGGCAUCGCAGAGGAAGUUUGAACCCAAGUACCGGUUGAUUCGGUCCGGUCUUGAGACUGCGCCAGUGAAGACAAACCGUAAGCUACGGAAGGAGCGCAAGAACCGUGCGAAGAAGCUCCGUGGUACCAAAAAGGCCAAGGCUGCCGAACCUCCCAAGAAGGGCAAGUAAUGGUUGGGCGCCGCCGGUCUUUUUCAUUAUGGGCUUCUUCAUUUGUCGCAUUGCAUACCGCCAUCUCUGCAAAAGCUAUCCGCCUCUGUACCUUAUUGCGUAUGCUUCUUCUCAUUCCCACUUAUCAUGAAUCUUAUGCGCAUGCGGAAAACAUC